AUGCGCCGAGCCAGUAUUCGUCCAUCUCCCCAUCGGUUCUCGCCCAUAUUGUCGACGUGCAUUGCCAUCCGACCGACUCCGGGAUCGAAACCGAUGUCUUUCGGACUCUCCCACACAAGCUCUGUGCCAUGGCCACCCGCGAAAGCGACCAGAAACUUGUGGCGCAGCUCGCACGAGAGUACCCGGACAAAGUGAUCCCUUGCUUUGGAUUCCAUCCAUGGUUCACCCACCUGAUCUCUGUGAAGGCGGCUGAUUCUCUGCCUCCUGUAGAAGAGCAUUACAGGGAGCUGUUCGAUCCAACAGACCCCGCGCAGGAGGAGGCUUUUGGCGCUCUGCUUCCCCAUCUUCCGGCUCCUACGCCGCUGUCAGCGAUCCUGGAUAAUGUCCGUGCCCAUCUUCUCGAGUUCCCUUCAGCUAUGCUUGGCGAAGUAGGCAUCGAUAGAUCCGCGAGGAUCGCCCAUUCAUACGCGGCUAACCCUCGUUUCUUGUCACCAUUCACCAUACCCACUGAACAUCAACUCGCCAUAUUAGAGGCACAGCUUGAUCUCGCUGUGGAGCUUGGCAGAAGUGUUAGUUUGCACAGUGUCAAAGCCCAACAGAUCACUGUCGACCUGUUGAACCGUUUGAAAGCGAAACAUGGACAUGCUUGGUUGGAGAUCAACGUGGACUUACAUAGCUGUGGUCUGAGUUCAGAAACUUGGAAAAGAAUUCAGUCACAACAUCCCAAUGUAUAUAUUUCGCUUUCCGUGGGCAUCAACUCUCGGUCACCCAAUCACGUUGCUUUGAUCAAGGCUGCUGCUCCGGAGAGGAUCCUUGCCGAGUCAGAUUAUCACACCGCUGCCCAGAGUGGACCUAUGACAUGGCGAAUGAUAGGCGUUAUAGCGCAAAAUAGGGGAUGGGGUGUCGAGGAAGAGUGGUCUUACGCAGAGGAUGAUGUGGCAAUAGGGGUUCAUAAGAGUGGAUGGGGCGCGGUGCGCAGGCUGGAGCAUAAUUGGAAAGCAUUCGUCCACGGUCGACAC